AAAAGUUUAAGAGAUAAAGAUAUCAACACUUAGAGGCCUUGAACUAUAUAAAUUAAUAACUUAAUUGUCUUCUGAUAUUUCUUUCCAUUGCUUGCUAAAGUAUGCUAAAUAGUGAAGCAAAAGCAACACACAAAAUGGGAAACAGAUAUUAAGAACUGAUAUUGAGCAAGAAAGAGAAUGUGUGUGUAGUAAGUUUUAUUGAGAGUUAUAUAAUAAGCAAAAAAAAAAUAUGCAGAAAAUGAAGAACUUUGGGAGUAGUAGUAGCAGUAGUGGUGGAAACAUGAGUAGCAAUGGGAGACAAUCAGUGGAGGAGAUCAAAGAUGAUGAUAAUGAUCAUCAGGAGAUAUCAAGAUUGGCCAUUUCAACUUUUCAAGCUAGAGAGGAAGAGAUUGAGAGAAGGAAGAUGGAGGUCAAGGAAAAGGUUGAGCUUCAGUUAGGCCGUGCUGAAGAAGAAACUAAACGCCUAGCUAGGAUUUGGGAACAACUAGAAGAAAUGCAAGAUCCAUUGAGGAAGGAAGUUGCAAAUGUGAGGAAGAGAAUCGACAUGGCGAAUCGAGAGCUAAAGCCUCUUGGACAGACCUGCCAGAAAAAGGAGAAAGAAUAUAAAGAAGCAUUAGACCUGUUCAAUGAGAAAAGCAAAGAAAAGGCUCAGCUUGUCAGCGCAUUAAAAGAGCUGUUGGCUGAGAGUGAGAGACUGAGGAUGGUACAGCUAGAGGAGCUGAGCAAGCACAUAGAAUCUUUGAAAUGAGAUACAUGUUUAUUUUUUUCAUUUCAAUUGUGUGUUUGAUUAUGAUUCUUUAAUUAUAUGUUGUUUCAGAAAAAUAAAUUGGACAUGUAUACAUGCAGAGCAAGCAUUUCCUCCUUACAGUUCACCAAAUUAAAUUUGUAAAAAUUAGUUGAGAAGAGAUUAAUAGCUUUU